CGUCCAUCACUUCUACAGGUGACACAUUUUUAACUGUUCCAUAUAAUGAUGGCGCAUUAUUGACGUGUUAUUCUCUGUAUAAAUACGAUUUUCAACCUCGUCUUAGUCCCUCCUUUGUUCUAUUCUAUAAUUGUCUUUUAUAAUGGUGUCCUCUCAUAAUGGUUCGCCAUUGCGCACUCUGUUGCUCGUCGCAGCCAAUCUUCUAAUCCCGGUCUCAAUUGUCGUCUUUGCGCUGGGCUUCUUCCCUUAUAAACCGUUCCUUCCUGGAUUGGCUGAAUUCGAGUCUCUUGACUUUGGAUCGCCUCCUGAUGCACCAUUUGAUCGUUUAAUAUUUAUGGUUGUCGAUGCCCUCAGAAGCGACUUUGUAUACUCGGACGCCUCGGGAUUUGAUUAUGUUCAAAGUCUCAUCCGAGAUGGCAGCGCAAUGCCUUUUACAGCCAAUGCUCGAUCACCCACAGUUACUAUGCCGAGAAUCAAGUCCAUGACAACCGGUUCAAUCCCUUCGUUUGUUGAUCUUAUUUUGAACUUUGACGAGGCAGAUACUUCGUCAACACUCGCUUCUCAAGAUACUUGGUUAGCUCAGAUUAAAGCCAAGCAAAUGGGCAAGCUUCUCAUGUACGGAGAUGACACUUGGCUGAAGUUGUUUCCCAACACUUUCGAUCGCGAAGAUGGAACCUCCAGCUUCUUUGUGGCGGUUUGUGACUUAACACAUUAUUCUCAUGUUCAACCCGACUGACAUCUUACUAGGACUUCACCGAGGUUGACAACAAUGUCACCAGAAACAUUGCCCCUGAACUUGAGAACAAUGAUUGGGGCCUUAUGGUGCUUCAUUAUCUUGGUCUAGAUCAUAUCGGGCAUAAGGCUGGACCAAAAAGCUCGAAUAUGUUUCCCAAGCAGCGCGAAAUGGACGGUAUUGUCAAGACUCUUUUCGAAGCUAUGGAGUCCAAGCCUCAUUUGGACUCGACACUCCUCGUCCUUUGCGGUGAUCAUGGCAUGAAUGAUGCUGGUAACCAUGGUGCUUCUUCACCCGGCGAAACCUCACCCGCCUUGGUUUUCAUGUCUCCAAGGCUGAAGAAGGUCUCCCGUAGGCUCCCUGCCCCAGCUCAACCCAAGGAUGAGUUUGAUUACUACUCCAUGGUCGAGCAAUCUGACCUGGCACCUACUAUUGCCGCCCUUUUGGGUUUCCCGGUAUCCAAGAACAACCUGGGAGCCUUCAUCCCUGAUUUCCUCCCCUUCUGGCACAAGACCAGUGAUCAGAUUCAGAUUUUAGUUCGAAAUGCUAGACAAAUCCUCAACAUUAUCACAGCCGCGUUUGGAAGUGAGCUCUUUGACGCACAGAGUAGCGUUGACCCCUGUGCCCUUGAGCAGACCGAAAUCAACGAACUGGCAUGUCAAUGGCGAAGGAUCAACAAGGAGGCACAUGUGCUCGCAGCUGGUAACAAGCUGGACCAAAAGUGGCUUGAUGACAUGUCACAGUGGCUCCGCCGAGCCCAAGAUCUCAUGAGCAGCAUGGCUUCAAACUACGACAUGUCCAAGCUUUACAUUGGCCAAGCGAUCGCUGCUGUUGCUGCUACUGCAAGCACAGUUGUUCUUGUCAGUCUUGGGACUCAUCGAGAUGGACAAAUUCUUCCAUUCAGCCUCAUGACAUUAUCUUACGGUGCCAUGAUGUAUGCGAGUAGUUAUGUUGAAGAGGAACAGCACUUUUGGUACUGGUCCUCUAGCAUUUGGCUUGUAAUACAAGGAGUGCUUCAUAUCCGAAGGAGAAACAGCCUUGCCGACAUCGCUUGGGUCUUCGUUGCACUUGUAGCUUUGAGACUCACCAGGGGCUGGAAUCAAACUGGCCAGAAGUUUGCAGGAAGUCCUGACAUCGUGAAGAGCUUCAUCGUCACGCACCCUCAACUUCUCUGGGCUAUUAUCACUUUUGGAUACAUUCUCAUGUCAUUCCGCUUGCUUGCCCGUCUCAAGAGUCUCCCUUCUCUGGCUAGCACAAGCACUACCUCAAUUCUGCUCAUGUCUGCGUAUAGCUUCAAGCUUGACUUCACGAGCGAGGAUGCCCCGGAGCUCGUUGUUGGCUUCGCUAGGAGCUUGAACGACAUGUUCGUGGGACAGUCAUUGCUUUGGAGGGCCAGGACUGCCUUUAUUCUUCUCGGCGUCUUGUUUGGGUAUGGCAUCUAUCGGUCGUUCACUGGCGGUCGAAAUGGCCAGUUACAGUCAGCAUAUCUUUUCCAUCAUCUCUAUACCAUCUUUGGCGUAAUCCAGUCUCGUGCUACAAAUAUUCCCCUCUUUCUACUAUCUGAUAUCCUCUUCCACACACUCCAAGCCACCGAUCUCUCCGUAACUGGAAUCACCAUCACAGCUAUUCUUCUUCAAUACACAACAUUCUUCGCCUUUGGUGGCUCAAAUGCCAUCUCCUCCGUCGAUCUUUCCAGCGCAUACAACGGUAUCAGUGGCUUCAACUUCUUUGCCGUUGGUUUUCUUACCUUGGUCAGCAACUGGGCUGGGCCAAUCUUCUGGACAUCCGCCGCCAACCUUCUCCUACUGCGCAAGUACCACGACGGUCAGCGCAAUGCCUUCUGGCAAUACAUUACUUUGCAGACUGUCUUUGUCUCUGCGACAGUUGCAUUAGUCAUGGCGGCUUGCACAUCACUGCGAACUCAUCUGUUUAUUUGGACAGUUUUCUCACCCAAGUAUCUCUACUGUAUGGCUUGGAGUCUCGGUCAACACUUGCUGAUCAACAUUGGCUUUGGUGGUCUCCUAUUUUGGUUGGGGUCGCGUAACUAGCAUCAUUUAGCUUCUCAGUGAUGGGUAUCUUCAUGUAUGAAUAUCUGAGAACUUUGUGUAAACAUGACUCCUUGUAUCUAACCAGGAAUUCAUGGAAUAAGCACACCAUAAUUGGAAACAAUAGUAAAUCAAGAACACGUCGCCAAAACCAAGAUCCCUCCCAUAAUUGAACCCAAGGUAUCCGUCC